UCUUCUAACCCAUUUUAUCAAACAGUUGGCGCGCAAAUUACUAUUAACGGCUAGCAGUUCCUAUCGAUUGAAUGGGACCUCUCCUUCAAAUUCUCAGAGUCUCGGUAGUUACCGUCUACUUCAUGGGAGUUCCUAUCAAGCACUAUCGUCGGUUCUCUUCUUCUUCGUCCUCGUCUUCGCUUCCAUGGAUCUCUCCUCUGCAGUAUCUCAAGCCCUCGACCUCAAAACCAGACCCUCCAACGCAUAGCACCUCUCUAUCUCCAAUCCAAGAAUUGCAGAGAAAACCCAAGUUUAUAUCUCAUGAAUCCGCUAUCUCUAUGAUCAAACGUGAGAAAGACCCUCAGAGGGCCUUAGAGAUCUUUAACAUGGCGGCGACACAGCGGGGCUUCAAUCACAACCACUCGACAUACUCCACUAUCGUUCACAAGCUUGCCCAAUCCAAGAAAUUCAACGCCGUCGAUGCAAUUCUUCGUCAGAUGACUUUCGAAACCUGCAAAUUCCAUGAGGGUCUGUUCCUUAAUCUUAUGGUCCAUUUCUCCAGAUCUGCUCUACCCGAAAGGAUACUUGAGAUGUUCUAUGCCAUCCCGCCAGUUGUUCGUGAAAAACCCUCACUUAAAGCUAUCAGCACUUGUCUCAACCUCCUCGUUGAAUCAGAUAGGCUUGAUUUGGCCCGGAAGCUUCUCUCGUAUUCAAAGAAGAGUCUUGACUUGAAGCCCAACACAUGCAUUUUCAAUAUCUUGGUUAAGCAUCACUGCAAGAAGGGUAACCUCGAUUCAGCUUUCGAAGUUGUGGAAGAGAUGAGAAAGUCUACAGUUUCACACCCAAAUUUGAUUACGUACUCUACUCUAAUGGGUGGUCUCUGUGACUAUGGGAGACUCAAAGAAGCAAUCGAAUUGUUUGAGGAAAUGGUGUCCAAAGAUAAAAUCUUACCCGACGUUCUAACCUAUAAUAUCCUGAUCAAUGGUUUCUGCCGAGGAGGAAAAGUGGAUCGUGCUAGAAAGGUAAUGGAUUUUAUGAGUAAGAAUGGAUGUCAGCCAAAUCUAUUCAAUUACUCUGCUCUGAUGAAUGGGUUCUGUAAGGAAGGGAAAAUACAAGAGGUUACAGAGGUUUUCAAUGAGAUGAGAAGCUCUGGUUUGGAACCUGAUGCUGUUGGCUAUACUACUAUAAUUAAUUGCUUCUGUAGGGGUGGAAGAGUCGACGAAGCUCUCAAACUGCUGAAAGAGAUGAAGGAGAAGGAAUGCAGAACUGAUACUGUGACCUUCAAUGUGAUUCUUGGAGGUCUAUGCAGAGAAAGGAGGUUUAAUGAGGCGCUUGUGAUGCUUGAGAGCUUGCCCCAUCAGGGUGUUUAUCUGAACAAAGCAAGUUAUAGGAUUGUUUUGAAUUUCUUAUGCAAGGAGAAGGAACUGGAAAAUGCAACCAAUUUGUUGGGUCUCAUGCUGGAAAGGGGGUUUUUGCCUCAUUUUGCAACUUCAAAUGAGUUGCUUAUCGGUCUCUGUGACGCUGGAAAGGUAGCAGAUGCAACUGAGGCUUUGAAUGGGUUAGUAGAGAGGGGCUUUAAACCAGAGACUGCUUUGUGGCUUCGGUUGAUUGAAUCGAUCUGUAGAGAAAGGAAACUGUUAAGAGUAUUCCAACUGCUUGAUGACUUGGUUACUCCAGAAAUAUGAAGUAAAUACUCAAAAAAUCUUCUUUUUCUGAAUUCCUUGAAUUGAGAGAAAAGAGUGCAGUGAAGAAAAUCAACUGCCAGUGCCAGAAGAAACGGCUCAAUGACAAGCAUGGAUAAUUGUUGCCCUUUUGAGUUCAUUUCUGCAACUCCUCUAUUGGGCUCCUUUAGGUUGGAGAAUUUUGAUUGGUUGUGCAAGAUCACCUCUCGCAAAUGCAUGUUCACAUAUUUAUCUAUGUCUUGCUUAUGCUACUGGAUCAGUUUCCUCUGCUA